AAUGAUAUUUAUACAGAGGCAUUAAAAUGGAUUAGUAAAUCAAUAUUUACUGUAAAUUAUUCUCAAAUUGAAGAAGAAUGGUUCGAGAAAUUAGUAUCAAUGUAUAAUAAUAAAAUAUCAAAUCAAGAUUUGUAUGAGGAGAUAUUGAAUAUUAAUGAAAAACAAGAAAUAAUGAAACAAGUUUUUUUCACCGUUAACAAUUUACUAAAUCCACAAUUUAUUCAUUUAUGCUCACCACUAAAGAAUGAAACAUACAAAUUGAAUAUUAAAGGAGAAUUUUUAAUUUUUAGUCAAAUUUUAUAUAAAAAUUAUUGUCCCGGUAAAGUGAUAUUUUUGGAAUUAUUGGCAUUGGAUAAAAUUAUUAUCGAUGAAGAUUUAGUUAGUCAUGAUAUAAAACAAAUUAUUAUAAUUGCACCAAUUUGGGAAAUUGUUCAGCAAAGAAUUAUUAAUUUAGAUGGUGCUUCAGAAUAUCAAAAAUUGGAAGUUCAAAGGAUAUACUUAAAGGAUUAUGAGGAACGUUUCGAUGGUACACCGGGUAUGGAGGGAAAAGCCGGUGGUACAUUUUUGGGAAUUAUUGAUAAAAUUGUAAGAGGAGAAAAUUUAUUAAUUUCCUGUAAUGGUGGUAGAGGAGGCGAUGGAAGUGAUGGUUUAGAUGGAAUACAAUUAAUUGAGAAUUCAAAAAAUAUCAAUGUAAUUCAUUUAGGUAUUGGUGGUAAGGGAGGAAAAGGUGGCAAUCAUGGUGAAAUAAAAUUUUAUUUUCUAAAUGAUUCAAUAAAUUUAAAUAUAAAAAAAUCAACUCGAAAUGGCGUUGAUGGUAAAUCAGGAAUUAAUGGCAUAAUGCAAAUAUCACACGAUUUUCAAUCAAUAUAUCGUAUGGACUAUUAUAUUGAACAUGUAAAAAAAUUAACAUCCAAAAGAAGAAUUGAAAAUUUUGAUUUAAUUACUAAUAAUUUUAUUACAACUGUAACGAAUUAUAGAAAAUAUGUUAUUGAUACAACAAUUAAAAAUGGUAAAAUCAUACAUGGGAAUUUGUAUAAAAAAUUAAAUAACGUGAUUCUUUUGCAAAAUAUCACUGCAAUAAAUUUUUUACAAGAAUUAAUUGAUAUUGAAUAUUAUUAUUCGAUGGAAUUAAAUGAAACUGUUAAAAAUUUAUUGUACACGGGAAUACUAGAAGGAAUUGCAUUCUAUAAAAGGGAAACAAUUAUUGAUACUGAGUAUAGAACAUUACUUUCGAGAUUAUAUGACAUGACAUGGAGAAAGGUAAAUGAAUUUGAUAAUCCGGCUAUUGUUAAUAUUCAAGUUUACUUGGAACAAAGUAUUGAGAAUGGUGAGAAAUUAAAAAAUUUUCAAAUUCGUCAAAAAUUACAAGAAAUUGGUAAUAAUUUUAAAGCAAUAUUCGAAGAAGAAAUUAAGGAAGCUGAAAAAUUAAUUGACAUGAAUUUGAAAAUUUAUUUAGAUGAACGAAUUAAUGAUUUAAAUGAUGAAAUACCAAAAUUAAUUAAUGAAAUUGAUGAAAUGAUAACAAUGAAGAAGGGUGAAAUUGAAAAAUUAAGGAAUAUAAAAAAGGAACUUAAUGGUAAAUUAAUUUUAAGGAGUAUUUUCACAAUUUUUCAAUUUUUACUUUUAGGAUUAUCAUUUAUAAAUCCUGUUUGUGCAGCAAUUGCCGGUGUAUUAAGCGCAGGUAUUGUAAUUGCUGAUGAAAUUAUUUUAGACAAUGACGAUGAUGUAAUAUACAAUGAAAUUAAAUUACCCGAAGCAGUUAAUGAAUUUGUCGAUACAUCUAUUUUAUUAUACGCAGAGCUAGUGCAACAAGAAUUAAAUAUUAUUCAAGAACAAUUAAAUGAAAUAAAAACCAAAAAAAAUGAAUUAUCACUUAAUGAUGAGGAGGCAAAACCAUUAAUUGAUGUUGAUAAAUCAGUAAAUAGUCAAUGUAUAAAAAAUUCACGACAACCAAUAUCACGACGUCAAUGUAUGAUGAAAAUUUUAAAAAGAAAAGAAAUUAAAUGGUCCAAAAAAGAUAGUGACAAAAAAAAUAGAAAAUACAAAAAAUCAUUGAAUAUUAUAAAAUCAUCAAUGGGUUCAUUAGAGAUUGUUAAUUUAUCUAUUGAUAGAUUUAAUAAACAUUUUAAUGAUAUUUCAUCAUCAAAUCAAAUUGAUGGACAAAUAAUUGAACAAGAAAAUAGUAUAAAACAAUUGGAGAAUUUUAAAAAUAAUUUAUAUGAAAAUUUUGGUAAUCAAAUUGAUCGUAUACGAAGGGAUAUACGUAGGAAUGUUGAUGGAUAUGCAAUAUCAUCGCGUGCAUUACUUGAAUAUGAAAAAUUUCAAAUGCACGAUUUUUUAAAUAAUAUUUUAAUUAAAUUAAAUAUUUGGACAAAGGGAUUUAAGGAUACAGCAUCUGUACCUUAUGAGAUUAAUUAUAUAAAAGAUAAGAAAUUACUUCAAAAUGUUACAAAAUUAGAAGAGAUUUAUACUUCAAAUCGUAUUAUUGAACAAUUUGUAGAUAAUGUGAAUGUAGAAUUAGUUGGUGAAGGUCAAUUUAUGCCAGCGGAUGAAAAUAUUUGUAAUAAUUAUUUUUUAGAUGAUUAUAGAAAUGAAAUGCAAUUUUAUUGA